AUGUCUGCGGCGUCAACGCUGACGCCAGACGAUGCGCUGCGGGUCGCCUUCACGGUGUACAUGUCCUCGCUGGACCAUGACCCCAGCCUGGCAAACGCCAAGCAAUCACUCGGUGCCCUGGCACGCACCGUCGCUGCCAUCGCCGAGAAGGCCCAGCGCUGGAGCCUGCGCAUGCGCCCCAUCAUGGACGUCUCCCACAUCCGCAUCCUGGCUGACCCCAACAAGGAGGAGCUCAAACAACAGCUAAAACGAGCAAAGAAGCAGCAACGCCAGCAGCAACUGCUGAAAUUGCAGCUGCAGCAACUGCAGCAGCCGCCAAACCACCCCGCUGUCACAAGCGCACGGCAGCGGAGGCCGUCCUCCUCAUCCUCAUCAGCCUCCUCCUCAACAUCAUCCAUCGCUUCCGUCCACUCGUCACACUCGUCCUCACCCAUCACCAUCACCGGCGAAGGUCAACCUUCCGCCACCACCACCACCACCACCACCAGCAUUGCAGCCCAUGUCAACGGCAAUGCCACCCCAGCGUCAUCAGCUGCACGGGGCGGUAUGGUGUCGGCUGCUGCGGUUGCCGCAUCUGCGGAGCUCACACUGCGGCCCGCACGCGAGGUCGUUGUCGUGCGCAAGAACUGCGAGCGUGACGCUGGCGCCGCCCACUUCUUCUCCUACACAGCGUGGGUGGACCCGGAGGAGGAGGCCGCCUUCCACCUCCUGUAUGACCUCAUGGGCAUCCCCACGGCAUCUGCCGCCCUCACGGUGCAGCCGCACCGCGUGCACAUUCCGCAGUCGCUGGCCACACCUCUGCGCAACCUGUCGUACACGGCAAAGCUGUUUGUGGUGGACAGUAUGCGGCGGUUCUACCCAGCGCACUUUCGUCGCGCGUGGAGCACGAGGGCCAUCCAUCGCUUCAUGCGCAUCAAGUUUGUGCCGCUCGGCUCAGGCACCAUUGGCGUCUCGCUCUCCCGCCCCAGCGCAGCGUCAGCAUCCGUGUCCUCGGCGUCAAUGCCAGCAUCAUCAUCGUCAUCAUCGUCAUCAUCGUCGUUGGCUGCGACGCGGGCAGCGGUGUGCACAGCCGUCCUUGCAGACCUUCCAGCCACCACCAAGAGCAAAGUGCCGUGCUGCAUCUACCAGGAAGACUUCUUUACACGCUGCCACAACAACAAAUAUGACGUGCAUGAGGUGGCGCUGUGUCUGGCAGACCACCUGCGCUGCCCACAGCUCUACCCGACGCUGACGGGGGUGCUGUGCACCCCUGGCGAGCUUGACAUGUCACUCGUUGAACAGCUGCUCCUCUCGCGCGCACAGAAGCACUACCUCGAACUCAUCCACGCAGGUGCAACGAAGCUUCCUGAUGAGUGCCCGUUUGACGUGAACCUCCUUCCCGCAACAGACAUCACGCUGGUUGAGGAGCAGCGCGUCAUCACAGUGGAUCUUCCAUCCACAACAGUGCGUGUACAGCGACCCGAGCCCGUGCCUGCGAGCAAGCAACACCACAACACAGCGCACGCCCCACCAGCGGCGACAGCAGCAGCAACCAAUGUGUCCGCAUCCUCAACGGCGUCCAGUACGCUAUCAUCAAGCUCCGAGUCACCGCAGCAGGCAGGAGCAGCAGCCACCACGUCGCAGGCGGACAUGACGCAAGCACAACAACAGGAAGUCAACAACGCCACGGCUGUGAACGGUGUUGGUCCGACAACUGCGGCACAGGCAGCGGUUGAAGACAACAGAAACAGACGCGACAAGGCUGAUGCUGCUGUUGUACAGCAGCAUCAACACCACCAACAGCAACAGCAACAGCAAGUAGAAAGAAGAGAACAGCAGGAAACACAACCGCCCGUGUCACACGACCACCAACAACACCAGCAGUCGUUGGGCAGUCAGAAGACGGAGGAAGUGGUGCAUGAAGCAGCAACAGGGACACAUGCAGCGCGGGAGCGUGGGGCGAUUGGAGCGAUGGUGACAGAUACCCACGAUAUUUCCGUGGUUGAGCAUGGAAGUGAUGCAAGGGUGAUUGUUCUUGAUGAUGGUGAGGAGGUAUCAGCACCAAGCACGGCAACUCAAGCUUCAACGACAGACGCAGCAGAAGCAAAGGAGGAAGCCACGGCUGGUGCAUCAACGACGAGCACAACAGCAACGUCAUCGUCAUCGUUGGCCGUCGUGACAACCACAUCAGCAACAACAUCAGCAACGACAACGGCGACAGCAACAGCAGUUGUCUCCGCCAACACCACCGCUGCCCGGCUGCCGCCCACAGCCAUGAAACCUCCCCGGGAGAAGUCAGAGGAGAGCGCACCCGCACCACCACCACCAUCAUCAUCAUCAUUAUCGUCAUCGUCGUCGUCAUCACAGCAAACACAUCCACAGCAGCAACACCCGCAGCAACGCGAUGUACAACCCCUUCAGCCCAAGCAUGACGACACGGCGGUAUCAUCCGCGCCAACCACGACAACAACAACAGCAGCAGCAACACCACCAACAACAACAACCACGACAACAACAAUAACAGCAACACCAACAACAACAACAACAGCAGCAGCAACAACAACCGCCAGCACCGUCACCAGCGCCACUCGUACGAGCACAAAGUCGGUCCCUACUGCUGGCGACGAUGGACACAGCCCGCACCAGCACGCGACGCUGUUCCGUGCACGUGGUGCCCCCGCCGGCUUGGUUGACGUUGACGGGCUAUAUGGGCGCGUGUACGAGACGGCGCCUGGCAGCCCCAUUUACAAACACGUGGAUCGGGAGAUUUACUUCUUCUACAGCAGCCUGGACAACAGCUGGAAUUUGGGUCCGGACCCCCGCAAGUCGCGCGUGCAGAGCGUGCACGCGUUUUGCCGCCCACAUGACGUGGCAGAUCACACCCCUGUCAGCGUCAUUGGCCUGCCGUGGCACUUUGUAAACCCGAAGAACUACGUGUUUGAGACUGUCGACUCCUUUCAGAUGUCCGUGCAGUCCUCCGAGGAGCAGAUGGAGACGGGCGUGUCGCUCACCCACCUGGAGAAGACACGUGAGCUGAUGAAACUCGAAGCGGACUUGGAGUCCUUUUCCCACCGAACGGGAACAGCCAGGCUCAAGGCGCGCUCACAUCCCCGCAAGACCGUCAAAUCCCUCAUGCACACCACGAAAGGCGGGUAUGAAUGGAAGAUACCGCGCUACUGGCCUGCAGACGUGCACUACACCCCAGUGCUGCUGUGGGGCGUCCCCAACGUCAACGACACCCUCCUCUCCGUCACCCAGCAGCGUGUACACCCUUCAAUCGAGGUCCGUCCAAUUCGCGACCGGGGUCACCCGUGCUUUGGACAGCUCGGAGUCUUCGCUGCAAAGGAGAUUGGACCAGACGAGCACAUCGGGUUCUACACAGGAAUGGUGCGGGAGCCGGCUGGCGCGAGCGAGUACAACGACAGCAAGUACAUCACGGAGCUGCACAUGGAAGGACUGUGGCUGGACAUUGACGCCGCGCAGUUUGGAAACGAAAUGCGUUUCAUCAACGAUUUCAGGGGCAUUGACGAAAAGAAAAAGGCAAACGUCGCCUUCAAAAUCAACUACUGCGGGUGCGGCAUGAAAAACAUGGGCAUCACGACCAUGCGUAGCAUCUCCGUGGGCGAGGAGCUCCUGCUUGACUAUGGCGAGAAGUAUUGGGAGGCGAUCCGAUGCAACAUGGACAUUGAGAGCGGAGAGUUGGCCACAACAGAGCAGCCGAGCACCGAGCGGGAGAUGGCUGCAUCUGCCUCCGUGACGGAGGUUGUGACGGCUGGCUCCCAGGCUGCGUCGUUCACGGCACACAUGUCGCCGCGAGCGUCUGCCACGACGACGCCAAAGGCAAAGAAGCCGAAGCGAGCGGUGAUGGAGCGAACACCAGCGAGUGCAGCGCGCACACCCGCACGCGUACUCACGCUCGGUGGUGAUCCAACAGCACCAUCAUCUUCAUCUUCAUCUUCAUCAUCGUCGUCGUCGGCGGCGGCGGCAUCCUCGGUAUUGUCAACAAAGGGAACACGCGGACACGAAGGCACGAACAACAGCCGCCAUGGUGUCGAUGAUCAAGCUGAUGACGACGAUGAUGACGAUGACGAUGAUGAUGAUGAUGAAGUGACUGAUGCUGGUGCAAUCGAUGAUGAUGAUGAUGAUGAAGACUACAUGCCGUCACACUCGAGCCGCGCAGGUGGGCGCAGCAGGAAACGCAGAAGCAACAGCCAGCGCUCCGCUACUGUCGCUACCACUCCUGCCGCUGCUGCUGCUGAUGAUGAUGACGACGACGACGACGACGGUGGUGGUGAUGAUGAUGAGGAGGAGGAUGAUGGACUGAGUCCUCAUCGCCCACAUCAUCGCAAUAACAGCAAUAACAGCAGCAGCAGCAGCAGCGGGCGCACAAGUACAAGGCCGCCAAUUGUUGUUGAUGACGGUGGUGACGACGACCUGUUUGUCAUGGAGGAAGUGACGAACGAGUCUGGAGCAGGCAGCGCGGCCAUGCACGACGUUGGCGGCGUGAUUGAGAGCUUUCCACUCGCGGAUCGCGGCAUCAUGUCAUGCACAUUCCGGCUGUCCUACCCGCGCCGCUCGGGGCUGACCAAGAAGAUUGUGUUUGGGUUCUUGCGCGCGUGCAUCCCCUUUAGGAAGCCACCGCGCAUCAUGGUUGUGCAUGGGCGCAACCAGCACGGCGAGCCGUGUGUGUUUGCGAGCGUGUGGCUGGAGAAACGGCCCAGCAUCCUGCGAACCGCAGAACGACUGCGCGCGCUGUACAUCAACGGUCAAUUUGACGGAUUUGAAUCGUUUCGCGGAAUGUGGGAGGAGAUAGCCACGCUGUUGCAGGCAGACAGCGCGCCCGUGACGAACAUGGACUUGCAUGCACUGCUGCAGGACGCAAGGCGGAGCAGGGUGAGAAGUUUACUCCGCCGUGCCAUCAGGGCAGCCAGCGGGCAGACCGGAGGUGCAGAAGCUCGACACCACAGUGAUGAUGGUGAUGAUGAUGACGAUGGUGAUGGUGGUGGUGACCAGCCAGAGGAUGCGGCCAGCAACAACACUGGCGAUGUUGCUGGUGACGCAUACGACAAUGACACCACCGGUGAGCACCACACUGCUGAUGACGAUGACGAUGACCAUGACGGUGAUGGUGAUGGUGUGGAAGGUGGCGAAGAGUAUGAUGUUGAGGACGAUGCAGGUGAUGAUGACGAGCUGCACUACAACAACGAUACCAUCCCCCGCAAGAACGACGACAACGACGAUAAUGAUGAUGAUGGUGGUGAUGAUGAUGAUGGUGACGACGAUGAUGGUGACCUGCAUUAUUUUGACGAGGAGCUGCACUCGAAGCGUGCAAAGGUGAGCACGAGCCGGCGAACCAUCGGCUACUACAACCCCAACAUGACAACAUCGGUCGUGUCAUCGUCAUCGUCUUCCUCAUCACAGGCGCAGCGAUCGAAACCGACGCAGCCACACUCGCAACAGGGCACGCCAUACAGUGCCCGGACAGCAACCGCACGCUCUGAAUCGCUGCUGCCUGCAUCAUCAUCAUCACCAUCGUCGUCAGCAACAGCAGCGUCAACCAGCAACAUUAGCGGGGCCACCAUGGUCACAACCACCAUUGCACGGCCAUCAACAACUCCGCAGAAACACGCACUAUCGCCCACAUUGGCAUCGUCUGGCACCACCGCUUCAUGA